AAAUAAGAGACCAGAAUGUAAUUAUUGUAACAUGAAGGACUUACCUACAAAACAGGAGUAAAUCUGCCUUUUCACUCUCAGUAAGCGAAAGUGACAGCAGAGAUCUUCACUUCCAUCUCCUAGGGUUUAACCAUUACCAAAAUCACCAUGAAACUAGCUUCACUAGACAGUAUCCAGAACGCGCACGAGGACUCACUUUGGACGGCGGCGUGGGUCCGAUCGACCGGCGAUAAACCGGCGCUACUUCUCACCGGAGGACUUGAUGAAACGGUCAGGAUAUGGGACCCAACCAAAUUCACUUGCCUUCAGACAAACACCGGUCAUUGCCUCGGCGUUGUAUCAGUCACCGCUCAUCCGAAUCGCAGGAUCGCGGCGUCUGCUUCUAUAGACAGUUUCAUUAGAGUGUUUGAGGUUGAUACUAAUAACACCAUCGCCACUCUCGAAGCUCCUCCUUCUGAAGUCUGGCAAUUGCAAUUUAGUCCCGAUGGUGGCACUUUGGCAGCAGCCGGAGGUGGUAGUUCAUCAGUCAAGCUAUGGGAUACCACUCAGUGGCAACUCAUUGCCACAUUGUCAAUUCCGCGGCAAGGAGGCACACAACCAUCCGAGAAAAGUGGCAACAAGAAAUUUGUCCUGUCAGUUGCAUGGAAUCCUGAUGGUAGACUUCUUGCCUGUGGUUCAGUUGAUGGAACUAUCUCUGUUUUUGAUGUGGCACGUGCGAAGUUCCUCCACUUCUUGGAAGGCCAUUCCAUGCCUGUGCGCUCUCUUGUGUUUUCGCCUUCACACCAUGAUUCAAGGAUACUUUUCUCAGCAUCAGAUGAUGGUCAUGUGCAUGUGUAUGACGCUGAGGGUAAAACCUUGCUCACAUCUUUGUCAGGUCAUGCGAGUUGGGUUUUGAGUGUGGAUGUCUCUCCAGAUGGGGCAGCCAUUGCAACAGGUUCUAGUGACAAGACCGUUAGGCUGUGGGAUCUUAAAAUGAGAGCAGCUACACAGACAUUAACCCACCACACUGACCAGGUAUGGUCUGUGGCGUUUGGACCACCAUCAAGGACUGAUGUUAGGUCUUGUAUGCUUGCCAGUGUAUCCGACGAUAAGAGCAUAUCAUUCUACCAGUACUCCUGAUUGUUCUGAGCUGGUAAGCCCAAACUUUUGAUUGCCAUCUCUUUUUGCAUGGCCUGUAUGUGAACCAAGAACGUACGAGAAAAUCAUCGGCUUUUUAUUCCUUGGAUCCACAAAAAGUUAUUAGAUUCUUUUUGAAUUUCAUACACAGCAGCCGGUGCUAUUUCGUACAUUGUCCAUGAAUUAUUGCUAAUAUGUCAAGGUUCAUUAUUAUUGUAAACCUAGCAUUUAUGCAUUUGCUAUUAUUUGGAAUAGCAAUUACAAAUAUUCCUUUUUGGUGAUU